AUGAAAUUCAGACUUCCUCUCAAGCCGGACGAGGUCCCUGUGACCGAGAAGGAAGUACGACACGACAAUGAAGCCGUGCCAGUGCCCGACAGCAAGGAAGCCCAGGUAUCGGCCCCUGCGGUCGGGUCGGAUAGUGAGAGUGAGCUGGUAAAUCCGAACUUUCAGCAUGGUGUGCAGGCGGCACAGGCCAUGACUCAAGUUUGGUCAAUGCAACAUAUUGUUUUGGCCUACGCCCUGAUCUGGAUCAUUCACUUUGUGAUGGCCUUCGCUUCGAGUAUCAUCAUGACCCUCACGCCAUAUGUCACAAGCUCCUUUAAGCAGCAUUCCUUGACCGCCACCACGCAGAUUCUCUCUAGUCUCAUGGGCGGUCUCAUGAAAUUGCCUUACGCCAAACUCAUGGAUAUCUGGGGCCGACCGCAGGGUUUCGCAGUUAUGCUCGGCUCCCUUACUGUCGGAUUGAUCAUGAUGGCUGGCUGCAACAACGUUGAAACAUAUUGCGCUGCGCAGGUCUUCCACUCGAUUGGUACCAGCGGCAUGAACUUCACCAUGGAUAUCUUCAUCGCCGACACCUCUGCUCUGCGUAACCGAGCCUUCUGGUUCGCCUUCGUCGCAUCGCCUUACAUUGCUACUACUUGGGCAUAUGGACCCGCUGCCGAGAGUGUGCUGAAAACGAUGGGAUUCCGCUGGGGCUUUGGCAUGUGGGCGAUUAUCCUGCCUGUUGUUUGCUCGCCUCUAUUCUUCCUCUUCUACUAUAAUCAACGCAAAGCCAUCAAGGCGGGGCUGGUCCCCAAGCGCAACAGCAACCGUACCUGGUGGGCGUCAGUCGUGUACUACCUCAAAGAAUUCGACGCGCUGGGCCUCUGUCUCCUCGUGACUGGUAUCGCGCUCUUCCUCCUCUCAUUUAACCUCUAUACCAAGCAGGCCGAGGGAUGGCGCUCGCCGUUGAUCAUUUGUUUCGUGACUAUCGGCGGACUUCUCAUUAUCGCAUUCGCCCUGUACGAGCGCUUCUGGGCCCCAGUCACCUUCAUUCCUUGGAAGCUGAUGAAGAACCCCACCGUCUUCUUUACCUACACCAUGGCCGCCUCUAUCUACACGGCCUGGUACAUGUGGGACAACUACUUCUAUUCUCUGCUGAUCGUGGUCAUGAACCAAUCUGUUACCCAUGCCACCUACAUAACCAACAUCUACACCGUGGGCUCGUGCUUCUGGAGUCUUGUAAUGGGUGUCCUGAUCCGAUACAACGGACGCCUGAAGUGGACGGCGCUGUACUUCGGCGUGCCCAUCACCAUUCUCGGCGUCGGCCUCAUGAUCAAGUUCCGUGAAGCAGACACCAACAUCGGCUACAUCGUUAUGUGCCAGAUAUUCAUCGCCUUCGGUGGCGGCACGCUCGUUAUCUGCGAACAAAUGACCGUGAUGGCUGUCUCUACCCAACAAGACAUUCCCGCCGUCCUGGCCAUCGAGGGUGCCGUGAUCUCUAUAGGAAGUGCCGUCGGUUCUACGAUCGCAGGUGCCAUGUGGAUGGGCAUCUUCCCCGAGAAACUAAUGAAGUACCUUCCUGUGAGCGAGCUGGACAACUUCGCCAGCAUUUACGGCGAUUUGAAUGUGCAAGCGGCAUACCCCAUUGGAAGUGACGCGCGUAACGCGAUCAAUCGCAGCUACAGCGAGACGCAGAGGCUGAUGCUGAUCGCGGCGACGUGUUUGUAUAUCUUCACUCUUGGAUCGGUGAUAAUGUGGAAGGAUGUCAAUGUGAAGAAGAUUAACCAGGUGAAGGGACGGAUUCUGUAG